CAUUCGUACUACAACCAAAUUGACAAGAUGUUCUCAAAAGUUUUUGGUAUCAGCGCUGUUUUAGCAGUGGCAUCAGCCGGCCUCCUCCCAGCUGCCCACUACUCCCCAGCGUCCGCAGUGUCUUCACAAAGCAUUGUCCGCCAUGAGCAGCCAAUCGCCGUAGCCGCUCCCGUUGCAUACCAAUCAGCUCCGCUGGCAUACGCCUCUCCCGCUCGUUACUCCGCCGCUGUCUCAUCUCAAAACAUCGUCCGCCACCAACAGCCCAUUGCCUACAACGCCGCUCCUCUCUCUUACGCCACUCCCGCUCGUUACUCAUCUGCCGUCUCCUCCCAGAACAUCGUUAGUCACGGACAGGCCAUUGCUCCCGCCCGUCUGGCCUACCAAGCCGCUCCUGCUAUAGUCGCUCCCGUCGUCCACGCUACUCCCCUUAUCCACGCUGCCCCAGCCCGCGCCAUCAUCGCCCAACACGAGGAAUACGAUGCCCACCCCAGCUACGACUUCUCCUACUCCGUAGCCGACGGCCACACCGGUGACAACAAGUCCCAGCACGAGAGCCGCGACGGAGAUGUUGUACAUGGUGAAUACUCCUUGGUUGAAGCUGAUGGCUCAAUCCGCCGCGUACAGUACUCCGCUGAUGACCACAACGGGUUCAACGCCGUCGUCAGCAACUCUGCACCCGCUCACGCCGCCUCCGCAUACGCCCCAGCUGCUGUUGUCGCCCACCAUUAAAUAAUUAAAGCAGCUAAUAACUACCAAGUGUGUUCGUGUGAUAUAUUAUAAUUUAAAUAU